AUGUCUGGAAACGGAGUUUCACCGGUGGACGCACAUCUAGUGGUGCGGUACGCACCUCAAGACAAAUCCGGAUCUGAUAGGUCGCCUAGAAGGCGUUCGUCGGUCCAGGGCACAUCGAUUUGUGUGACAGAGCCGUGGUUUCAAGAAGAAGACGAAGAAGAAGACGGCAGUGAAUACGGAGGAGGGGUCAACUCGGAAUCGCGAGGUUCCAGAAGACUUUCGGCCUCACUUCGGGUUUGCGACCUGUACCAGUGCAUCCAUCAGCAUUCGUCUGCCACGCUACAUCCACAACUGCACUCUGGAUCGUCUGUGACACGACCAGCGUCGCAAAUGUUCAACACCUCAACGAACUCUAGCAGAUGUUCGAAUCCCAACGAGCGUUCACGCCGUUUCAGCGAUACAGAAUCGGAUUUGGCAGGGUUUGGAGCUCGGUUUUCGUCUUUGGGUAGGUCUUCCUCAUCAAAUGACCCCACAGCAGCAGCAACUGCCGCAGCCCGAUCCCCACAGUUUGAGGAAAUGGUAUGGCGAAUACCAUCUAGAUCUCGACAAUCAAGCCUGUCAUCAUCUUCACAGGCUUCUUCCGGAAUAGGUCCCACGUCCGCUGCAAGCGAUGGGGCCGGUAUUAAUGACCUGCAUCAUCACGACGACGGCGAGGGGGCAUCUAACACCGAGACUCGCGAGCAAAACGAAGACCACCAAUCACAUCAAGAUUGCUGGGUCGAUCUAAGCAACCCCUGCUGCCGACACCAUCACCGGCGCAAUUCUACAGCCAUCAAGUUUCGCAAGGCGCUCUACGAAGAGGAAUGA